AUGAAGCAGCUUCAACUCUCUGGCUACCCACUGAGCAUGGUUCUCUUCCUCCUGCUGACGAUAGCUAUGAGGACUGAAUCUGGCGCGGAGCUCGACCAUGCUCGGGCGCAAGUGGCACAGGAAGAGGGACCUCGGAGGUUCUUCCAGUGUCUUCUGGGAAAAGAAGUGACGGUCGAAGAGUUCUUCAUCAACUUCUGGGAGCAGCGACACCUUCACGUGAAGAGGGGGAGGUCCAACUUCUACGGCAACAUCCUGAGCCUUAAGGAUGUGAUGCGCUACGUAGGGCGCGGAAGAGUCUCCAUGGCACGGUCCAACCUCAGGGUCUGCAAGUACAAGGAUGGCGUCCGGAGGGAGAGGAGGAUAAGAGGAACGAGCGCGUCAGAGCUGAAGCGCCAAAUCUGUCGAGGAUACACAGCGCAGAUCUUCUCACCCCAGCACCUGUGCACGCCUGUAGCAGCUGUCUGUGCGCAGCUGGAGCAGGUGCUCCAUAGCCUUGUGGGGAGCAGCCUGUACGUCACUCCCUCUCAUUCGCAGGGUCUCGCUCCCCACCAUGAUGACGUGGACGUGUUUGUCUUCCAGCUGCACGGUAGGAAGCGAUGGCGCUUGUACGCACCCAAGGUCCGUUGGCCCAAGAGCUACAGCAGGGACAUGCGAGAUAAGGAAAUCGGCGAGCCAGUCCUCGACGUCGUCUUGAAGCCUGGCGAUCUGCUGUACAUGCCAAGGGGAACAGUCCAUCAGGCUAGCACGCGCUCCUCUCCCUCGAUUCAUCUCACCAUCUCCGCGUACCAGCAUCAAGCUUGGGAUGACCUCCUCCUCGCCGCUCUCCCUUACGCUGUGAGGCAGGCAGCGGAAGAGGAGCAGGAGCUCAGGCGUUCUAUCCCUCUCGAUACCCUGCGGGUUCUUGGCAUGGCUCAUGGGGUUGUCAAUCGCACGUGCGAGAGGAGAGAGAGUUUGUUGGAGAAGGCGAGGAACUUGACGCAUAGGCUUGCGGAGAGCAUGACUGGCGCGGUUGACAAAGCCGUCGACUUGAUGGCUGCUGAUUUCAUAUGCGGGAGGAUGCCAAGGAAGUUUGCAGAUGUAGUUCUUCGAGCUCAUCAGGGCAAGGAGACCAGGGUUCUGGAGCAGCCGAGACUCUCAGCGAGCAACCAGACGUGCACAAUCCAAAAAGAGAAGGCAAGGGGAAAGCAUCGCCAACUCUCGCAUCACAUGUCCUUCAACAAGACAUUCUGGCUGACGAGCUCUCUGUGCAUGAAGGAGAUGUCGAGGAAGAGGCUGAUCAUGGAAGAUGAGCAUGACAGGGAUGGAGAUCAUGAGGGAAGUGCAGGCUGCACAACGAGGGUCAGGUUGUCCAUCAUAUCGGACCUGAACAACGAAAGGAAAUAUCACAUGCGGGAGUCCAACAUGGGGAAACUUCACAGGUUCAAGCUUCCUGGCAAGUACAUCGAGGCACUGGGAGAUCUCUUCAGUCGCCCGAACGCCAUCGUCAGAGUGAAGGAUCUCCGACUGCCGUGCGACGAGGACAAGGUUAUCCUUGCAAACAUCCUGGUUGCGCAGAAGAUUGCUGCUCUUGUUCACUAA